UGGACUGGGAUUGGAUUGACAAAAAAAUGCCCACUAUUGAAAUUAUGUCCACUACUAAUAUACCUAAGUAUUUGAGCGUUGAAUAUCUCAGUCCUGCGCCAUUAAAAUUAUCAUUGAGAGAAAACGACCCGACUUGCCUCCACCGAAUUAGUUUAAUGUAAUUGUCAGGUAUGUUCGAGGAAAGAGGGCUUUACUUCUGCGAAAGAGCUUUUAUUAACUACAGAUAUAUUUCUACAAUUGUGAAGUAAAUGCGAGCUUCAGAACAAGCAUGACUUGCUUCGUCAUGUUCCUGUUUGUGCACUGUGUUUUACUUAUGUCAGCACAGCUAGAUGUCUCAGCAGAAAAAGCUGAUGAAAAUACAGUGGCUUCUCUCAUGGCACUCAGACUUGCAGUAAUACACGAUCCUUUUUCGGCUUUGCAGAGCUGGAACGAGAGUUCCCGCCAUUUCUGCAACUGGACGGGUGUAAAGUGCCGUGCUUUCAAUCAGCGGAUGGAUGUUGUUGAAAUCGAUCUCAAAAAUCUCAGUUUGGGAGGGUUUAUACCUUCUGAGAUUGCCAAUCUCUCCUCUCUUCAAAUCCUUGACCUCUCCCUCAACAGUUUUAGAGGCCACAUCCCUCCAGCACUCGGUCGCCUGCGGAAGCUGAAGCAGCUUCAUUUUUCCAAAAAUAAUCUGACGGGAAACAUUCCGUCCGAGUUUGGAAAUUUAGGUAGCCUGGAAAUUCUGUCCUCCUACGGCAACAAUCACAGUGGCAGCAUUCCUGAGGAGCUCGGAAACUGUUCUAUGCUGCGAAAGAUAGAUCUUUCCAAUAACCAGCUGACCGGAACCCUUGCUCCGGCAAUGGGAAAGCUCUCGCGCCUCGUGCUCAUCAAUCUAGAUUAUAAUUAUCUGACCGGACCCGUCCCGCCUUCUCUCUUCAACUGUACAGCCUUGCGGAACUUGUCGUUGAACUUCAACGGAUUUUCCGGUCCAAUACCUGCAGAUAUUGGAGCCCGGCUGCCUCACUUGGACUGGCUGCUUCUGGCCGGAAAUAAUAUCAGCGGCGGAAUCCCCAAAUCGCUGGCAAACUGUUCUCGCCUUUCUCAUGUGGAGCUCGCGUUUAACAAGCUAGGUGGAAUUAUUCCGCAGGAAUUGGGGAAGCUUUCAAGGCUCACGGUGCUCAAUAUGCCCUCUAAUGAGUUUGUUAGCGGUACAACCACUGGACCGAUUCCGAUACUGGAAGCGCUUUCCAACUGUUCGAAACUGCAGAAGCUUGAUCUCUCCGCAAAUCAUAUCACAGGUACAUUGCCUGCAUCAAUAUUCAGUAAGCUUUCCGGUACUCUCGUUUUCUUAAACCUAGAAAAGAACAAUAUUAGCGGUAGCAUGCCUAAAGAAAUCGGCAAUCUUUCUUUUCUGGUAGAGCUAUACAUGGACAAAAACUCCCUUGUAGGCGCGAUUCCUUCUGAAAUCGCAAAUCUGCUUAAUCUAGCAGCCAUAGAUCUCAGUCAGAAUAAAUUGCAGGGAAGCAUUCCUGCAGAAAUCCAGUUUUUAAAUCAAAGCCUUCAAUAUCUUUAUCUUAAUGACAAUAUGUUAUCUGGAUCGAUCCCGGAGAGCAUAGGCGAACUAGAGUACCUAAGAACCCUAAAUUUGAGCUUGAACAGAUUUGACGGUAGAAUACCUUCAGCUAUUGGACGGUGUAAGCUUCUAGAGGAUCUUCACCUCUGUUGCAACAAUCUUUCCGGAAGUAUCCCUUCAGAAAUUGCAAACCUCCGGAAUUUAAAUUCUUUUUUAGAUUUAUCAUAUAACAAAUUGACAGGACCCGUGCCUGCUGGAAUAGGAGGAAUGCAAAUGAUACAGGCCGUAGAUCUGUCAGUAAAUAACCUGUCCGGCGGCAUUCCCGCCCAAAUUACAGGCUUAGUAGGUUUGGAGUACCUAAAUCUCUCACACAAUCAUCUACAGGGCGUCCUUCCAUCAGCAAUCGGCCAGAAAUUAUCAAUCCUUCAGACACUGGAUUUGGCUCACAACAAUAUCACAGGCCCGGUUCCCGCCUCAAUCUCCAAGCUUGAAAUGCUUGAAAUCUUGAACUUGUCAUAUAAUAAUUUCACAGGUCAAAUCCCCUGUUCAGGUGCAGUCAAGAAGAUGAACAAGACAUCCUUCCUUGGAAAUCCAGGACUGUGCGGCAAUUGUUCCGGAUUGACUGCCUGUUCAUUAAAGCCUACAAAGAAACGCCAGAAGAAGAGGAAGACAAUACUGAUCGGUGUAUCAGUAGGUAUAGUUGGAGCAUUACUUUUCACAGGGCUUGUGCUCUGGAUAAUAUGGAACUGCACUCCGAAAAGAGUACCUCGCCCCUCAUCCCAACACACUUUUCUCAAAACAGCGGGAAAUCUGAAGAUCUCCAUGGAAGAACUGAAGAGAGCGACCGGAAACUACAGCCGUGAUAAUUUAAUCGGUGCCGGAAGCUAUGGUUCUGUUUACAGAGGCGUCCUGUCAAACGGCGAGAACGUCGCCGUAAAGGUGUUCACGGCUUCCAACUCGGAAAGUGCAGAGCGAAGCUUUAUAAAAGAAUGCAAAACCCUGGGGAAAGUCCGGCACCGGAAUCUGGUAAAGAUAAUAACUUCGUGCUCGACAGCUGAUUUCCAGGCUCUGGUGCUGCCAUUGAUGGCUAACGGAAGCCUGGAUCGGCAUUUGCAAGGGGAUCAACGACUGAGUUUGCAGAGACAGUUGAGUAUUUUGUCUGACGUGGCGCAUGGACUGAGUUACUUGCAUCACGACUGUUCGCCACAAAUCGUGCACUGUGAUUUAAAGCCGCAGAAUGUGCUGCUUGACGAGGAUAUGACUGCACACGUGGCCGAUUUCGGAAUUGCACGGCUCUUCAGUCCAACAGAUGACGCGGCAACCACUACGUCGGCGCUGAAAGGAACAGUUGGUUACAUUCCGCCAGAAUAUGGAUUUGGAGGAACAAUUUCAACAAAAGGAGAUGUAUAUAGUUAUGGAAUUCUAAUGUUGCAGAUGCUUACAGAAAAGCAACCCACCGAUGAAAUGUUCACUAAUGGAUUAUCAUUUCCUGAGUGGGUUUCAACAACUAUUCCAAGUAUUUUAGUAAAUUGCAUGCAAGAUAUUUCUUUAGAUAAUAUUCCUAAUAGAGAUGAAAAUGUUCAACGAGCAUUCAAACAUUCAAUACUAGAAGGUCUCCUACAGCUUGGUUUGUGGUGUACUAUUCAAACUCCUAGCAAUCGACCAAGCAUGCAACAAGUAGAAAGUGCACUAGUAAAGAUGACAGAUGCAAUCAAUAGUCAAACAUAAUCAAGUACUAUUGAUAACUUAAGGUUUGUUGACAAUACAAGCUCCUCCAAAUGAGAAUAAUUAUAUUCUAGAAUGUAACUUUAGAAAAUGUAAUUUGCAUUUUCAUUAAAGAAUCAACUACAUUCCUAAUGGAUAAUAUAAGAAAAAAAAUUAUUAUUAAUAAUAAGCA